AUUCUUCUUAUUUAAAACUUAUCCCAUGGUACAACAAUUUUAUAGCGAUUAUCACGUAAAAAUAUAUGUUUGAUUAAAUGCAUAUUUUGCAAAUAGAGUCGAUUUAUUCUUAACAUGUAAUAAAAUUUCAACAUAUUUCCUGCUUUUUUGAUCAUUAUGUGGCCUCUACUUCAUUUUCGUAAUUAAUGGUUAUGUAAAGCAUCUCAAUCAAUAAAUUUCAGUUGUCUUAUUAUUCAAUUACACAUUAUUUUAUACAUUUGAUUGCAUAAUAUUAAUUUUUUUUUCAAAUUUUAAAAGUCAUAAUAUAAGAAAAAGAAUUUUUUCCCUAAUUUUAGGAUUAACAAACCACGUUUUUGAAAUAAAAGUCAUUUAUCUCAAGUUACAUACAUACAAAAUAUUGAAUUAAUUUCAUUAGUGACAUUCGUAUAUUUAAUACUCUUUUCUUUAUAAUUGUGGAACAUGAGUUUUAGAAAUAUAUUACAAUUUUUCAUUUGAUUAAUUUUUGCAAGCCUGUUAACAUCUUGCAUCAUAUUUUCUGAAGGUCUUACUACAAGAUAAUCGAUAUAUCUGAAAUUGUGAACAGUUGUUGGUAUCUCGUCUUUGCACAGAUUGAACUCGAUAAGAAGGCGGAUAAGUUCAAUUUACUCAAUUAGUGACAAUUUAUAUUACAAUGAACGGUAGUAACAAGUCUGACGAUAAAAAAAUUUCUCCGAGUGCAACUUACAAGCCCAUAUCAGAAAAAGAAAUGGAAGAAAAUGCAGUUACACAAGGUAAAAGUGGGAGCAAAUUCACGAAGAAGGAGUCUGAUGGAGCAGAUGAAAUAAUGUUACCUAAACAAGACAGUAAAGUUUCUCCAAACUCUGAAAUAUCGUUGAAAGACGUUAAACUCGUAAUGGCAGAGAAAAAUGGUGAUGCAAAACUUGAUAUUGUAGAACCUAAAGAUAAUUUUGGUGGCAUGACUAAAGAAGAAUUAAUGAAAUAUGCUAAUGACCCAUUCUGGGUUAGGCUGCGUUGGUUUUUAUUCAUCACCUUUUGGAUAUUAUGGGCAGCAAUGUUAGUUGGUGCCAUCAUGAUUAUUUAUGCCGCACCUAAAUGCGAUCCACCAGCACCAAAAACUUGGUGGCAAGUCGGACCUCUAGCUGGGCUCAAACAAGAUAUUAAACCAGAAGAUCUUAGUGCUAUCAACAAAAAUAUCAAAGGUUUAAUUAUCACUUGGACUGAUGAUGCUUACAAACCAUUUGAUGAAUCCCACGAUAAAAUCAAACUGAUGAAACAAAGCAUAGACGUAGGAACUAAAGUUAUUAUAGAUUUAGAUCCAUCCACAUCUGAUAUUUGGUUUGAAACAAGUGAAUAUAAAAAUGGCACUUUUGACGACUAUUAUAUUUGGCAAACACCUAAAUUUAUAGAUAACAUUCCAAAUCCACCUACCAACUGGAUGCUGUCGAAUAGCUCAUCAUGGAAAUUUUCUCCAAAACGCAAUCAAUAUUACUAUGCACCUUUCCAAUACCCCCAUCUCAACUUCCGUAACAUCUUGGUAGUGAAUCAGUUUUCUGAAGUUGUGAAAAAAUUCUUAGAGUAUGGGGCAUCAGGAAUACGCAUUAGGAAUGCCCCUUUCCUACUUGUCGAUCCUAAAUUUGAAGACGAAAAUGUGUUAACAAACAAAGUAGGGGCUGUUGUUGGUGAAGCUGGUUUUGUAAUGCCAACAAAAACAAUGAAUCUGGCAGAUCUAGGAAAGUUACUCUUAAAUUGGAAAGAGAUCAUAACAAAUAACACUGCUGAUGGUUUACUUAUGGUAGCUGAAGAAUUAAUUCACAUGCAGUCGUAUCAAGUCGACAAUAAAUUAGUAGUAGAUCUUCCGCUUAUCACAAAUGUUUUUUCCAAGCCAAUAGUAACUGAUAUUGUUAGACGAUUGAAUCAAACAUUUAAAAUCGAUAAUGUGGAAUGGCCUUUAUGGGGGGAACAAUCAUCUUCUCUACCUUCUGACGUUAUUAGUAUUGUUACAAAUCUCCUACCAGGAACAAGUUUGGUAGAAUUCAAUGCAACAUUAGAUCCACAGUUGUUGAAGAUCAGAGAUUCCCAGUCAAUCAUGAGAGGCAAUUGUGAUAUGCACGCUAUUGGUAAUGAUACUGUAUUUGCAUUCAUCAGAGAAAUAGCUGGAAAUCCUGGGGUUUUGGUAGCACUCAAUACUGGUGAUCAAACAGUUAAUUUGAAUAUAAGGCGAGACAUUCCUUCGCUUCACGACUUAGAAGAAGUAACCAUACAGUAUUAUAGUAAAAAUUACAAUGAGGUUGAUUUCAAAGAUAUUAAUGCCAAGAAAGAUUCUACGAAUAUACCAUUAUCGCCCAAGUCGGUAUUAGUUCUUCAGUAUGUUCCAAAGAAAAAACAAUAAAAUACAGUUUAAUCAUUGAAUUCUGCAAUUGCCAUUUAGAAUGUUUUCAUAUUCUGAAAUUAAUAAAUCAUAAGCAGCAAGA